UUGUUUAUGAAUAAACAGAGUGCAAUGUACCAUGGCUGAAGGACGAACUGAUUCAAGGAAGUUUCACGAUUGUUCGCAUUAUUUUUUGGAAUGAUGAUAUUCCGGUGGGUGGACUUGAAGAAGUUGGUGAGUGUCAGUGAACAGUUUUGUGAUGAUUUAUUAUUUUUUUUUUCUGUGGAAAAAUUGUGGUUCUCGAGGGUGAUAACAUGUCAGUGUUUGGCGGAUAAUUGUUUAAGGAUGGUGGAUGUUGUUGGUCAAAAUCAUGGGAUUUGGAUGGGAGAAUGAUGACGAAAUCAAGCAUGGCCGUCGUACGAGUUGGGACACGAUGGAGAUGGCUUUUCUGCGUCAUUCCAGGAGGAGAAUGUGGAAUUAUUCAUUGGAGUGGGGUUGAUUGAAUUUUGGAUGUUUGUGGAAGAUUUAUCUGGAUUUGAGGAGCUCCAGAGGGUUGGGCAUUCCAACAACUGGUGAUACGAUGCCUCUGUCAUUGGAGAAACAGUCCAAUUUUUGUUGAUGGUUUUGAUAAUGAUGCUGAUUGAAAGAUAGGAGUGAAAUUCGUAGAAAUCGUCCCUCAACUCAGGUCAAUAAAGAGGCUCGUUUGAAGGACGACAAAGGUCUCUACUUCGUCGACCACGCAUGGCCGAUUCGGGGAAGGACCUCGGUAAUGUUACGGUGCAAAGACCUCCUGUACGAUACUUCAAUAAUAUUGCGAGUGAAAUGUGCGAGAAUAGUAUGGAAUAUUUAUGGUAGAACGGCAUAAAAUUCAGUGAUCGUUGAUUAAUGAAAAGUAUUAAAAUGUGAUAUUUCACAAGUCAGAGUCAAUUUAGUUAUAUCUGACUUGUGCUUCGACCAAUCAUGUGGAUACCUGAAGAAAUUUGCUGUCUUACCAGCAUCAAAAAGAAAUGGUGAAUCCAGAGCUUGGAGACUCCAAAUACGGUGAAUAUCGGAGGGACAAUGAAAGCGAUAGUGGAGGUCGCAGAGACGACGGGGGUGGAGAAGAUGCUGUUCAUUCCAUGGCCAAGCUCCAGCGAUAUGCCUCAUGCGAUGCGGCCUACAAUAGACAACUGGUAGGCCGAAUUUUGGUGGACAUUUUUCGAAGUGCCGUCGAUCAUGGCACACCGCUCAAUGUUUCCCAGGUGAUGCAGCCAAUUCACAAAUUAGUUAAUGACACAGAUGCUAGCGUAAGACUGGAACUGAUGGAGCAGCUGCCGCAUGUGGCGAUGAUAUGCCAGGAGGCGCCUGAAAGAUUUGGCAAUGUUUUAUCGAAUCAUUUGAUUCAUUUAAUUGCAACCUUCCUUCAUGAUGAGGAUCAACAGGUACGAAAUUCCACCCACACAGCCCUUCUCACGCUCAUUGAACGUGGCCUCCUGGACAAGGACUCCAUUCUAUUGGUCCUGGCGCCCACCCUCCUGAUGAUGGGACAACAACCAGCUAAACUCGAAUACGUCACACUCGCCAUCGAUGGUAUGAGCAAGGUUGCUCCGCUGCUUGAUCCCGCAACAGCUGAGAGACUUUUUCUCAAAAGAUACCUGUCGCUAUGUUGCGACGACAAUUUUUUCUUCAGAAAACUCUGUGCGAUGCACCUUGGUGAAUUUGCGGCGUCGAUGGAGAAGGAGGUCGUUUAUGAAAAAUUGCUCCCAACAUACGUGUCUCUCUGCAAAGACCCUGUUUGGACAGUCCGAAAAUCCUGUGCCGAAGGGAUGGUAUCAAUAGCUUGCUGCGUAUCACUUGAGCAUCGCCGUAACACACUAUCACCAAUUCUUGCCGACUUUCUUGACGAUGAGUCGAAGUGGGUCAGAUUAUUAGCAUACCAAAUACUGGGACCUUUCAUCUUGACAUUUGCUAAACAAUUCACUGGUUUUGCGUACAAUCAGUAUGGUGAACUUGUAUUAACGGAUCAGCAUGGUACCGAGCUCAGGUAUAACAUGAUAUCGUUUACUGGAUCGGCAGAGUCAUCAGCAGCCUGCAAGUCCUCCACUGAUGAAGACUGUGACAACAAUUCUGAAGGACUUAAUUCUCCCCUAUUAGUAUCGAAUGAAACGAAUGUAACAGCGCGUAAAGCACAAACAAAGCAAAAAUACGAUGAUUCAAACGAAAAAUAUGACGAAACGGUAAACGACUUGGAUUUAGAUGUGAAAAUAGAUCACCAGACGUUAGAUGAUGAUUUGGCGAGCACCGAUCCAAAUCAAUUCAGUCCGUUUCUAUACUACUACAUACCCCCUGACUUGCCUCUGGACGAUGAAUUAGUCAGAGCAGUUACAGAAGCCGCCAAAUUAUCUGGAACAACCACAGAAUCCAUAAAAAAUGAGGACCAAAAUGAUACAUCGAAUGACAGUAACAUACCAGUGAUACAAGUUACAAUUCCUGAGGACGAUAAAAAAAAUCACAUCGAUAAAUUGCCGGAAGCUGAAUUAGAAAAUAAUUCAAACGAGUGUCCAGAGGCUCUCGUAGUAGUAAAUGACAGUAGUAGUGAGGUGGACAGUAUGUCUAAUAAUCCUAGUGAAAGUGAUAGCAAUGAAAUUGACACAAAGAAUCAGUCAUCAGAGUCGAGGGACUUGAAUGAGACAGUUGAUGUGUCAGUUGAUACAUCGUCAGAAGUGAGUUUUUGUGAAAAACAGCAUCAUCCAACAAUUAAAAGUGUCACUAACGUUGGAAGUCAAACAAUCGUACCGCAGGUACUCAUUGAUUUUUUUGUAUCAAUGGCGAAUUCAGAGACCUGGUGGACUUUAGCUAGUGCUGAAAUACCACGUUUUUGUGCAUUUUACUUUCCCGCUGUUGUUUUGACACUUGGUAGAGAGAAUUGGGGAAUGCUCAAGGUUGCCUAUGGUUAUUUGUCAGACGCCAGGGAGUACAAAGUGAGAAGAACUAUGGCAUCGAGUAUUCAUGAGGUUGCUAUGAUACUCGGUGCAGAGUUGUCUGCACAGGAUCUACUGCCGAUUUAUGAUGGUUUUGUAAAAGAUCUUGAUGAAGUACGGAUAGGUGCCCUCAAGCAUCUUGCUACAUUUCUCAAGGUUCUCACACCAGUUGACAGAUGUCAAUUUUUACCGAAAAUAAAGGGCUUUCUCACACAGAACACCGAGUGGAAUGCGUGUACUUGGAGAUUUAGGGAGGAAAUUGCUAGACGAUUGCUCGAGACUAUUCCACUUUAUGAUCCGUGCGAUAUUUAUACUCAUAUUGCUCCAUUAUCAUUCCCGUUACUUGUUGAUAAGGUUGCUGCUGUUCGACAUAUGGCUCUUGCACUGGUGACACAGAUCAUUUCGUAUCUGUCUACUGAUCACACUCGCGUUACAGCUAUGAUCCAGGACCUCAGAAUGAUGCUGACUGAUAAUUCGCUUAGAUGGACUUAUCGACAGACUUAUGCACUACUCUGUGCAUCACUUUUAUCCAAUGAAGCUAUUUCCGGAGAACGAUUCUCCAAGGAAUUGUUGCCCUGCCUAUUGAGCCUUUCCUCAGAUGUUGUUCCCAAUGUUAGGCUGUGUGUUGUGAGAACACUUACAUCCCAGAGAUGCAAGAUGCUAAAUACUUUGGGACCAGAACAGUUUGCGAAGAUCAAUCAGCAGGUGCAAGCAUUCCGUCACGAUCCAGACAGAGAUGUAAGAAUGCUAGCCGGUGGUAUUGCUGGCAAAUACCAAGCAAAAUCAUCGGACGAGUAAACUCUUGCAAUAUAUCUGGAUCUCACUAGCAGAGUCUGAGGAGCUGAGUUUAUAUGGACAUUAUUAUAACGAGAAAGAAGCCACACAAAACAAUAACAAAGUAUAUACAUUAUAGUGAAUGAUGAACAUACAUUCUUGAUUGACGUUGUUAUACAAAUUCGCCCUCAGUUUUUACUCUUAUAUAAUAUACUAAAACAAAAAGAACAACGAUGAGUCUGGCGAAUUUCCUCUUUUUUGUUAUGUGACGGUGAAGAUUAUGAAUUGAAAAAUUAAGUAAGUCAACGCAUUUUUAUCACGCACGUAAGAUCAUUUGAGCUCAAUUUUUUAUGAAAAGAGAACAAUAGAACCUCCAGGAUUAGUGCCCUUUUUCCCUGGUUUACGCGGCAGAGCGCAAUUCUUUACUGCCAAUUAAUAAAACUUAUACAUAAUAUAAAUAGUUAAAUCUGCAAAUCACUGAGAAUCCCAUCUUUUUCGUUGAUUAUUAUGUUUUUGAUAUUUUAUUUUCUGCCAGUAUAAAUGAAGAAGAAUUAUUGUAUUGCAGUGAUCAAAGAAUUACUCCAAAAAUGAAAAAAAAACACCAAUGGUAAUACCAUAAUAAUACCCAGCCAAUUUUCAAUGGUGAAAGCUGCAUCAUGUUCCUUGAAAAUAUUAAAUUGUCAUUAUCUGAAUACCAAGUAAACUGAAUGAGUGAAUAAACAUUGUGAUGAGGGAACAGGUUAUUUGUUCUUUGCAAGAAUGUUUUAUUUCCAUUGAGGGAAUAAAAAUUGUGAAUGAUGGACGGAUAUAACGCCUAUGCCCAUAAAUCGAUUUGAAAAAACAAAACGAUAAUUUGUAUAUUUUACGAUUUUCAAACUAAAAAUAAAUGGGAUGAAAAAUC